GGCAGAGAUGAAAAAAGUAAUUCUGGAGAGCGUCUGUCUACCUGAUCAUCGAAAUGGAAUUCAACUCUUCAUCCCCGGAACAGAACGCUAUUGACCUGAGUCUGGAGGAGAAGAUUGCGAUGGGCUUUGCUCUCAGCAUGGUCUUUCUUGUGGGGGUGCCGGGAAACUGCAUGGUGAUCUGGACAAUCCGGAGCCACAUUAAAAAACACUCAGCGACCAUCCAGCUGGUGUUGAACCUGGCGCUCGCCGAUCUCCUGACCGUGCUGAUAGUGCCAGUCAUUAUCUAUGAGAUUACUGCCGAGUGCUUGCCCGCUUCUCUCUUCUGGAUGCCAAAGACGACCACCUACCUCCUCCUGGUCUUCAUGUAUGUCAGUGUGUUCACAAUCACGGCGAUCAGCGUCCUGCGACUGCUGGCUGUCCUGCACAUAUUCACCCUGCAGAACUUGCAGAGGCGAGGAACCACUGGGAGAAUCAUUGCUGCUCUCUGGGCUGUAGCUCUGCUCUCUGCUGGCCCCGCGUUUACAGGCUCCCAGAUGGACCGUGGCUGUGCGGAGAAAUUCGGCUUGCGGCACGAAGCAGCUUAUAUUUUGGGGAAUCUGUUGGGCUUUGACAUUCCCUUAAUUGUCAUGUGUGUCUGCUACACACUUGUAGUGAGAAGAUUAAAGCAAAUGGCCUUCAGAACUAAAAGAAGAGGCGCAGUGCUACUUAUGAGAGUUCUGGUGGCCUUCAUACUCUGCUGGCUUCCCUGGAACAUCACUAAUGUCCUGCUCAUCUGCUCCUAUCACACAACUGGCCACACCAGAGAGGCUUUACUCAAAACCGUUUCAGACAUGAAAGCUUUCACCACAAUUUUAGCCUUUGUCAACAGCUGCAUCAACCCCAUUCUCUAUGCAUUCACUUUCCAGAAUUUUCAAAUCGGAUUCAAGAUGUCCAAUAUUGCGAAGCUCUUUGAAGAAAUGAACAACAGUUUCAAGGAGAAAUCGGACAAAUCAGCAGUUGACUUGGCAGAGCAAAGCACUGCACUAAAUAAAUGA